AUGACGGCCGAGCACGAGCACGGUGACUCUCGGGUGCGAUCGCGCAGGACGAAGAGCGUCACGAGGGCGGAGGAGAUCCGGAAGGCGGAGCAGAAGGUCCGCAGGUCGCAGCCUGACAAGCCAUGUCACCGUCCAAGGGAUAGUCUCUUUACGUGGAGCUCUGGCUUCGAUAACUUCACAGGAUUUGUCAACUGGGGCUUCUUACUGCUAAGUAUUGGUGGUAUCCGGUUACUGCUUGAAAAUUUCAUAAAAUAUGGAAUCAGAGUGGAUCCCUGGCAGUGGUUCCUCUUUCUUAGUGGCAAGGACGACGGUAGCGAAGAAUAUCCCUCAUUGUUGCUGAUCUGCUAUUCUACUGUACCGGUGGGCCUUUGUCUCCUGAUCGAGAAAGGACUGUCUGUGGAUAUCAUAGCUCAUGGCACGGGAAUGGUGUUCCACGUCAUAAACCUCGUUGUGAUGGUACUGAUGCCGAUGGUGGUCAUCCACGUGAAGGAUUCCGGGUUCAGCUUGGUUGGCGCAAUGUACGUGUGUAUGCUCUACGCCAUUCUCUUUUUGAAGCUAUGGUCGUACAUACAAGUGAACAUGUGGUGCCGCUUGAGCAACCGAAAGAAAGCCACGCAAGGCAGAAUGAGACGUCAGCUGUCCUGCAAUAAUCUUCAGUCUUCCGGUAUUCAACAGAGUACAAAUGAUGUCACCGACUUCGAGCACGAGAUGAACGACUGCGGAAAUGCGUUGGUACAAUAUCCUGACAAUUUAAACUUCGGCGAUCUUUAUUAUUACAUAUUGGCGCCCACUUUGUGCUACGAACUGAAUUUUCCCAGAACACAGCGGAUCCGAAAAAGGUUCCUUAUAAAACGGAUAGUGGAAGUCGUCGUAGGAUGUCAAGUGGUGAUGUCGCUUUUCCAACAAUGGAUGAUACCUUCCGUAAAGAAUUCAUUAAUUCCCUUCAGCAAUAUGGACGUAGCCAAGGCCUCCGAGCGUCUUCUCAAGCUAGCGAUACCAAAUCAUUUAGUAUGGCUUUGCUUCUUUUAUCUGGCAUUUCACUCCUUUCUCAAUCUGAUGGGCGAAUUGCUACACUUUGCGGAUCGGAAUUUUUACUGCGACUGGUGGAACGCCAACAAUAUCGAUACGUUCUGGAGAACUUGGAACAUGCCGGUGCAUCGCUGGGCUGUGCGACAUCUCUACAUUCCGGUAGUAGAGAUGGGCUAUGGUAAAACUACGGCGUCGGUGACUGUCUUCUUUAUUAGCGCUUUCUUCCACGAGUAUCUCGUCAGUGUACCUCUGAAGACAUUCAAGAUAUGGGCGUUUAUGGGUAUGAUGGGACAGAUACCACUGUCGGUGUUGAGCAAGAUGGUGGAACGACACUGCGGCGCCAGAUGGGGCAACAUCGUCGUAUGGGCGAGUCUCAUCAUCGGGCAACCACUUUGUAUAAUGAUGUAUUACCACGAUUACGUUGUAACUCAUUUUGGUGAGACUCUGAUCGAGGACUAUUCCGUGGUGUAAGGGAGCUUAAAAAAGGGGUGAAAACGCAGAAGUGAAGGAGGAUCUCUCCGAAACGAGAGACUCGCGAUCGAUCUGUCGCUACUCCAACCAUCAUCUUCAUCGAUCGCGGAUUUACGUAACUUCCGGCUUGAAUUUUAGACGAGAGGAAAUUGCCUUGAAUCAUCGUCGUUUAAUUGUGCGAUGAUUUACCUCCGCCUGAAAAUUCGAUAAUACGAAUGUGCCUUAAACGUAAACCUCGCGUUGUAUGAAUAACGCAUCACGAAUGAAUGAUUGAAGCGAAAUUGAGAUUGUUCGAGAAUCAUUUGAAGAUAACAUCGUGUUUCAUAAGAUUUAUAUAUGUAUAUUCCUUCUUGUAAAUGAUACACGGUAGCGUCUUUUACAUGGAAGGACGAAAAAAAUAUACUUGGCGCGAGCCGCCACCGCGUCUCUUGAUAUAUAUAAUAAUAAUAUUUGAGAAAGCUGUAAAUAGUUACCAGCGUUUACGUUACGGGUGUGUACAGCGGAGUUUAAUAAAUAUUUUUUUGUACAAUAAUUUUGUAGAAACGCGCUUCCACGCCGGAGGAGGCGAAACUGUUAUCGAAUAAACGAGAUAUUUCACAUUA